AUGGCUUCUCGGUUAUCACUUAAUCGUUUGUCAGAACAACAAAUGAAGAACGUUUUCCGUAUCACCCAUGUGCCCCGCAAUCUGGGUCUAGGCGGCCGUAGGAGUUUCGCUUCAGCUGCACUUCGGAAGGGUGUAGUGAGCGCCGGCAGGCCUGCCUCUGGUUUACUACGGGUUUCGGCCUCGGGUGCCAAUGUCUUUCUGUCUAACUACCCCCGUCUGGGAGGUAGCCAGGUCCGAACUUAUGCGGACUCUAUCGUGAAGGUUCCUCAAAUGGCGGAGUCGAUUACGGAGGGAACCUUGAAACAGUUCACAAAACAGGUUGGGGAUUAUGUCGAACGGGAUGAAGAGAUUGCGACAAUUGAGACCGAUAAGAUCGAUGUGUCGGUCAAUGCCCCCGAAUCUGGUACCGUGAAGGAGCUUCUCGUGAAUGAAGAGGAUACGGUUGCUGUUGGGCAGGAUUUGGUCAAACUGGAACUUGGAGGUGCUCCCGAAACGAAGAAGGAAGAUGCAGGUGAAAAGCCGAAGGAACCUGCGGCCCCCGAAAAGAGUCAGCCUUCUGAACCCGAGAAGCCCAAGUCGCCAGCACCGGCUGCUCCUGAGCAGCCUCCUGCGCCAAAACCCGAGACUUCGAAGCCACAGACCGAAACGCCAAAGCAAGAGCCUGCCUCUGAUGCCAAGCCGGCUUUUGGAAGUCGCGAGGAGCGUAGGGUGAAAAUGAACAGAAUGCGACUUAGGAUCGCUGAGCGUUUGAAGCAGUCUCAGAACACGGCCGCUUCGCUCACUACUUUCAAUGAGGUUGACAUGUCCUCUUUAAUGGAGUUCCGGAAGCUGUACAAGGAUGACGUGCUGAAGAAGACCGGCGUCAAGCUUGGCUUCAUGAGCGCAUUCUCGCGUGCUUGUGUCCUGGCAAUGAAAGAUAUUCCUGCGGUUAACGCAUCUAUCGAGGGCCCUAACGGCGGCGAUACCAUUGUCUACAGGGAUUAUGUGGACAUCAGUGUGGCUGUUGCGACCGAAAAGGGUCUCGUGACGCCCGUUGUUCGUAACUCUGAAACAAAGGAUCUUGUUGGCAUUGAACAAGCAAUUGCGGAUCUCGGCAAGAAGGCGCGCGAUAACAAAUUGACCAUUGAGGACAUGGCCGGUGGCACGUUCACCAUUAGCAACGGCGGCGUGUUUGGUUCUCUUAUGGGUACUCCGAUUAUCAACCUCCCCCAGACAGCUGUUCUUGGACUUCACGCUAUCAAGGACAAGCCGGUUGCCGUGAACGGCAAAAUUGAGAUCCGCCCGAUGAUGUAUCUUGCUCUGACUUAUGAUCACCGCUUGUUGGAUGGACGGGAGGCGGUCACCUUCCUCGUAAAGAUCAAGGAGUACAUCGAGGACCCUCGUCGCAUGCUGCUCGGCUAA